AUGCAUGCGUUGUGCAUCGUGUGUGCAUGUGCAUUGCACUUCAAUGAAGUUCAAGCGGUGCCUGAUUUUCCAGCUUUCCCCGCUGCCCAUCCAGAUCUUCUGCACAAUGUACCUCAUGUGCCAACAGCUCAUGCAGAAUGGGGUGUUAAAGCACCCAUUCCUCUCCGUGACUUAGAUCCACAGUUCAUCGUGAAUCGACAGGCCGAAAGCAAAGCCGUGGCAAUUCUGCGAUCGUUGGUCGCAGGCUUGUCAACCUCACUUGGAGCUGGCAUUGUUUUGUUACUCCGUGGCUCACCAAGUGCUGGUCAAAUGGCUUUUGCUUUGGCUUUGGCGGCCGGUGUGAUGCUCACUGUCUCCUUGGUGGAACUCUUUGUUCCGCCAUUCUUCCAUGGGCAGUGGCUACAGGCAAGCCUGUCCGGCCUCUUUGGGUUUCUUAGCUUAUGGUCCUUAGGAGAUUUGUUUCAGAGCCAGAGAUGGCUUGUGGAAAGAAGGAUGAGGACGAUGUGGAGAAGGGGCAUGCUAGAGAUAACGUGGAACCGAAAGCAAGGCAAUGGCGGUUAG